CUCUCUCACACGAUUUAGAGUGUAUUGUUUACUAUCACUCUAAGUCUCAACUCACCCCUCCCGCUCCAGCUUCAAGAAAAGAAAAGCAGGAAGGGUGCCACUGAUUUAAAGGUUGAGGCAAGAUGGUAGAGGACAAAAUAGAUAACAAUGAGGUAGAUCAAUGGGGAGAAAUCCCUAUGGUAUUACAACAGAAGAGUAUGGAAUAUUCAAUUAAAAGCAAGAGUACAUUGCGAGCUCGUUAUUCCUAUGGCAUUAUAUUCUUGAUAACAAAUCUUAUAGCUUGGUUCGUACGUGAUUAUGGAGAAAGGGCUCUUCCUCUGCUUCAUUAUUCAAAAGCAUGUGGAAUUGGUGGAAGUGAAUGUUCUCAUACAAUGGGGGUUCUUCGUGUGAGUUUAGGUUGCUUUAUUUUCUUUUUAGUAAUGUUUCUUACAACAUGUUUCACAAGCAAAUUGUGUGAAGUUCGCAACGCAUGGCACUCUGGAUGGUGGAUUUUGAAGUUUGUUAUGCUGAUAAUUUUUAUGGUGAUUCCAUUUUUUAUCCCCUCGGAUUACAUCCAGUUAUAUGGUGAAUUCGCUCGAGUUGGUGCAGGGGUUUUUCUCGUCCUCCAGCUGAUAAGCGUGAUCGAGUUCAUUACAUGGUGGAAUAACUACUGGAUGCCUGAUGAAAGAAAGAAACAAAGCUGCUCUCUUGGUUUAUUCAUGUCGACAAUAUGUUACAUCGCGUCCAUUUGUGGAAUUUUGGUGAUGUAUGUGCUUUAUGCCUCCAAAACAUCAUGCAGUUUGAACAUAUUCUUCAUCUCCUGGACUGCAAUUUUGCUGGUAGUAAUGAUGGCUGUAUCCUUACACUCUAAGGUUAAUAGGGGACUCUUAUCUUCAGGGAUUAUGGCUUCUUAUGUUGUCUUUCUCUGUUGGAGUGCUAUUCGAAGCGAGCCUGCCACCCUAAAAUGCAGCCCUCAGCAGCAAAACAGUGGGAAUGGUGGUUGGACUACUGUAAUUGGUUUCUUGAUUGGUAUAUGCGCCAUCGUCAUGGCAACAUUCUCAACUGGCAUUGAUUCACAAACAUUUCAGUUUCGCAAGGAUAAAGUUCAAUCGGAAGAUGACAUUCCCUAUAAAUAUGGAUUCUUUCAUCUAGUGUUCUCCUUAGGAGCAAUGUAUUUUGCUAUGCUAUUCAUCAGUUGGAAUCUAGAUGGCUUGCCUAGAAAAUGGAGUAUUGAUGUUGGCUGGGCUAGUACUUGGGUUAAGAUAGUCAAUGAGUGGUUUGCUGCUACAAUCUAUUUGUGGAAAUUGAUAUUGCCAGCAGUAAGACAGACCAAAGUGAUGGAUCAUGAAGAGCCAAAACAGGAAAUGGACAACUCAACUUCAGUGUGAUUUUUACUGCUGGAUAAGUCUGUUGUAGCCAAAAGGUGGUAAAAUGGGUAAAAUGAGCAACCAAUGGAUGACAAAAUUUACAUGAGUUCAAUGGUUGAUAAGUGGGUAAUAAAUGGUUAUUUCGUGUUACAAAUAAAUUUACAGAGCCAAUUAUCACCCUUCAUUUACCCAUUUUACCACUUAUUAUGUAUCAUGUGUCUCUCUUCUUUUAAAUGUAUUUUUAUCUCUCUAUUCUUUUCUU